CGAUGGUUCUUCCCAGCAAUGGCCGCAGCAGCAUGGUGAAGGAGAGAACCCAGCGUGGGUAAACAACAGCGACAGUUUCUGGAUUUAAAUGGUUAUAUUAUAAUAACAACUCCCCUAAGUUUGAAGUUUGAUGAUCUUUAAACCGCAGUAGUCGAAGAAACCCAUCAGAGAUUCCGUUACAAAAUGCCUCAUCGAAAGAAGAAAUCGUUCAUCGAGAAGAAGAAGGCCGUGACCUUUCACCUCGUCCACAGAAGUCAGAGGGACCCGCUGGCUGCAGAUGAGAAAGCCCCACAGCACGUCCUCCUGCCCGCCACCAAGGGGGAAGUAGAGAAGAGGCGCGAGGAGCAGAGGCAGUUUGGCGUUUUCUUCGACGAUGACUAUAACUACCUGCAGCACCUGAAGGAGCCGUCGUGCACGACUGAGCUGGUGGCAGCUGGACCCUUAAGCACUGACAGGCGACUUAUUCGUAUCUGCGAUGAAGAGGAGGAGAAUGCGGAGGAGGGGGACACGGACAAAACCAUCCCUGCAGCCUCCAUCAACCUGCCAUCUUCAGUGUUCGCCUCAGAGUUUGAAGAGGAGGUGGGACUUCUGAACAAAGCUGCUCCUAUCUCAGGACCACGGCUGGACAUGGACCCCGACAUCGUGGCUGCCCUCGACGAAGACUUUGACUUUGACGACCCCGACAACAUGCUGGAUGAUGACUUCAUCAUCAAAGCAAACACUGCGAGUGGAGCAGUGGACAUAGAAGGCGACGACGACGAAGAUGAUGGUGAUGAUGACGAGUGGGAGGACACAGACGAGGAAGAUGACUUCGACUCUGAGGGCGGGUUGUCGGGGGAUGAGGACACGGAAGGCCGCGGUCGUGAGUUUAUGUUCAUGGACGAGGAGACGAAGAGUCGGUUCACAGAGUACUCGAUGACGUCGUCUGUGAUGAGGAGGAACGAGCAGCUCACUCUGCUGGACGACCGCUUUGAAAAGUUUUACGAACAGUUCGAUGACGAUGAGAUCGGCGCUCUGGACAACGCAGAGCUGGAAGGCUUCAUCGAACCGGACAGCGCUCGCCUGGAAGAAGUUAUCAAAGACUACUUCAUACAGAAAGAGAAGGAAUACCUCAGGCCUGAUGACUUGGGUCCCAAAGUACUUCCUGUCGUGAAGGAGGAGGAGGAGGAAGAUGAUGGGGAGGAAGAAGAGAUGGAAACUGUGGUCAUUGAGGCUCCAGAAGAGAAGUGGGACUGUGAAACCAUCAUCAGCACAUAUUCCAACAUAUAUAACAGACCCAAAGUCAUUAAAGACCCACCAAAGAUAAAGCCGAUCCGUGUGUCCAGUAAAACGGGUAUCCCUCUGGACGUCCUUCCUGCCAGAGGCCUGACCGCCAAGCAGGCCGAGCGCAUGACGAGGAUCAACGACUCGGACCUGCCUCGGGUCUCCACCCAGCCUCGCCACAGGGAGGAGAGCAAAGAGGAGAGGAGAGCAAGGAAACAGGCCAUCAAGGACGAACGCAAGGAAAGGAGAGUCGAGAAGAAAGCCAACAAGAUGGCGUUCAAGGAGGAAAAAGUCAGACAGGAGAAGCAGAUGUUGAAUCUGAGAACAAACAUUCAAGGCAUGAAACUUUAGCUCCCCAACGCCGGCGUUCUGCCCGCACAGACUUUUCACCACGGACACGCUGCUCCUCACUUCAGUGGAGCUGACAGGAUGGAAAACAAGAGGACUGACAGGCUCUGGGUUUUUUAAGACCAGAAUUUCUUCAAAUCAUAAAGUUAAUUUAACUCAACUUUAAAUAUAAGGAGCAAAAAUGAUAUCUUGAUGUUGUAACAGUUUGAAAUCCGGGAAAAGUAAAGGCUGAGUAUCGCACCAGAAUGUUUUGUAUCAAAAGUUGGCUUUGAAUUUCUGAAUUUACUUUUUCUAUUAUUUUCUUCUGCAGCUUCUUAUGCUAAAGGAAAUGUUCCUACUUUAGGGAAAUAUGCUUAUUGACUUGGCAGAGAAAAGAUAGAUCCCAUCCUCAUAUUUGCACGCUAACAGCCCACUAACUUAGCGGAGCAUAAAGACUGGAAACGAGGUAGCGUGGCUCUGUCCAAAGGUAAAAGAAAAAUAAUCCACCUACCAGCUCCUCUAAAUCUCACUAAUUAUUAUGUUUAACCAGUACGAAAACAUUAAGGAAAGACAAACCGCCUUGUUACAGGGGUUAUGUGCUGGACUAUUUCCUUGCUAUAAAAGAAACAUGAAACUGUCAAGCACACAAAUUAUUCCUGUAACAUGUUUAUUUUGCCCAUAAAGCUCUCUGUGCCAUCUCAGCUAUCAUCAGGAUGUCUUCACCCACACCUGCAAACGUCUCUUGUUUACAAAAGCAAAUAAAUAUCGUUCACGUCUCUUUAUUAAAAA